AUGUCAAGACUUUCUGGUUAUCACGUUAUGAUAGUGUCGAAGUAUUUCAAAACUAUCAGAGACUUAAUUAAAUUGGAGUUUGUAUGCAAGAAAUUUGGUGGUAACAUGGAGAAGUUCCACUUCAACCCGAUUCCAUUAAAUUACAAAACAAUUAGAUAUUUUCCAAACAUUGAAACACUUCAUUUGUGGGAAGAAGAGGAUGAAUAUUUUGGCAAUGAAUUUCCAAACAACACUGAAUUAGGUGAAAGCAUUGAAGACUGUGAUCACCUUGAAUCAUUCAAAAUAUAUGGUGAAUUUGCUUCAUCAAAAACGUUUCAUAAACAUAAAGAUAUCAACAAAAAUAAAAAAUGUUUAAAAAAAGAGUUUUAUCAAAUUAUUGUGUGGUUUACUGUUGAUUUUGAUACCUUUAACACAAACAAAAGUUCAAACAUUGACUUUAAAAAUAUUGCUUACACGAAGAAUGAUAGAAAGAAAUUUGGCAAUGACAUACCACAAAAUGUGAGAUCGAUUAAUAUCAAAUGUUUUUAUAAUUGUAGUGAUCUCAGCAAUGUUACAAUACCAUCUGGUGUAACAUCUAUUGGUAAUGGCUGCUUUAAAAAUUGUAAAAAUCUAAGGGGUAUUACAAUACCAUAUAAUGUGAGAUCACUUGGUGAUAUUUGUUUUUGUUGUUGUGAAAAAUUGAGCGGUAUUACUAUACCAUCAAACGUAACAUCAAUUGGUGAUGGUUGUUUCUUUUGUUGUGGAAAUCUAAGGAGUGUUAUGAUACCUUCAAGUGUGUCAGUAUAUCAGAAUCAAUGUUUCUAUAAUUGUGGUAGACUAAGUCGUGUUAAUAUACCAUUGAGUGUAACAUCAAUUGGUGUUAGUUGUUUUUCUGCUUGUCAAAGUUUGAGCAAUGUUACUAUACCAUCAGGUGUGAUAUUUAUUGGUGACUAUUGUUUUUAUCGUUGUAAACAAUUAAAAAGUAUUAAAAUACCAUCAAGUGUGACAUUAAUUGGUAAUAGUUGUUUCAGUCAUUGUAUUAAUUUGAGAAGCAUUACAAUACCCAAUAGUGUGAAAUCACUUGGAGAUGGUUGUUUCGAAGAAUGUAUUAAUUUGAGCGCUAUUACAAUACCAUCUCGUGUGAAAAAACUUCGUAAUAAAUGUUUCUUUAAUUGUGGUGAUUUAAGCAGUGUAUCAAUACCACCGAGUGUGAAAUCAUUUGGUUUUGAUUGUUUCAUUGGAUGUAGUUGUCUGAGCAGUGUAACAAUACCAUCUAGUGUGAAAUCAAUUGGUGUAGGUUGUUUCCCAUCAAAAACUGUGAUCUGUCGCGAUAAUUAUAACCAUUGUAAUGUCACAAAGUCAGCCUUCCGCCCCACUUUUAUAUGCAAUAACUUUUCUUCGAAUGAGUAUAUCAUUUAA